AUGAGAGAUGAAAUUGCAACAGCCGUUUUCUUUGUCACAAGAUUGGUGAAAAAACAUGAUAAACUGAGUAAACAGAAAAUAGAAGACUUUGCAGAAAAGCUGACGACAAUCUUGUUUGAAACCUACAGAAGUCACUGGCACGCCGACUGCCCUUCUAAAGGGCAAGCGUUCAGGUGUAUCAGGAUAAAUAAUAGUCAGGAUAAAGAUCCCAUUCUAGAAAGGGCUUGUGCUGAAAGUAACGUGGAUUUUUCUCACCUGGGACUUCCAAAGGAGAUGACCAUAUGGGUAGAUCCCUUUGAAGUGUGCUGUAGGUAUGGUGAGAAAAAUCAUCCAUUUACAAUUGCUUCUUUUAAAGGCAGAUGGGACGAAUGGGAGCUUUCCCAACAGGUCAGCUGUGCUGUUAAUCGAGCUACAUUAGACUACGCCUCUGGCAUUUCCUCUGAUGAAGAAAGUUGUAACAAAGAACCGCAGAUCAUUCCUAAAGUCAGCAAUCCAAAGAGUAUUUAUCAGGUGAAGUGUGGUCCAGCUCUCAAUGCUUUUUUUUUUUUUUUCUGUCCUAAUUCUGAAAAGAAUUUGUUCACUGUAAAAGAAACAAAUGGAAAACAGAAACAAAACCGUAAAGAUUAAAAUCACGUUAUUAACAUUCUAGGAAAAUUUUUUUCUUCUUGGUGUAGUUUCUUUACUUGGUGGAGUCCUCAGGAGUUACAUAGGACUGUUUCUCCAUAUUAUUUGAACAGAAGUUUCCUUUAAUCCAAAUUCCUUCAUAAUUAAAUAUUAAAAUUAGCAGACUUUCUUGCUAGUAGAAAAUAACCUACCACUUGUAGAAAAUUUGGAAUAUUAAGAAAUGGUCAAAGGUCUGUAAUCUCACCAUGA